GUGAUGAAUUACAAUGUAAGCGAGAACUCUGUGCCUUGUAAAUCUGAACAAAGUCCCAGGACAUGGGUCCUCAGGCCCGAAGAAUAGACAAAAGAUAAUCGAUCUGCGUGGUUUCCAGCCGUGUUGCCUCUGAACGUCGUUAAAAAUUUUCGCUAGUUUUAAAGCAACGCCUACACUUUGCUCGCUCGCCGACAGAACUACGAACCUGUCUAAACGUUAAAUGUGAGAUGAAACAUUAAGCUUUAGAGACUAACAAUAACAAAGUGUAGAAUAUCAAUCACCAGGUUCUCUGGACCCCUGAACGGACGCAACGAUAUAUGAUUGAUGCUCGACCACUUUGUCAACAAACGACAAAUUCGACAGGAUCCCAUUUGCUCGCUGCACAUCGUCCUUCAACAAAUCGAAAGAUUUCCAGGUCCUAUUUAAAACAUUUAAACAGUCGAACGUUUAUAAUAAUAACUGUUCACCCCAUUCUAGCAAAAUGAAGAGAUAUCAUUGCUGUGCGCAUAUUUUAGGUGUCCGCUUAUAAAAUAAAAAUAUGUCAAUCGAUUGGUAGUCAACUCUGAUAUGAUAAAAAAAAAAGAAGAAAAGAAUCGGGACAAACGUACACUUCGAAAUCGUCGUCGAGCGGCGCCGUUUUCAGCAGUUCGAGCAUCAAACGCUGAAGGUACUUGUUGCUGUCCAAACCGUUUCCCGCUAAUUCGAGGCGUUUCUUUUCGGCGCGAAAUUCGAGGGCCCUCUGCAUAGAGAAACGACCGAGCAGAAAGCCGCACAGAAGGCACAGAAACCCGACGGAGAAGAGGAACGAGAAGCACAUGCGUUUCGUCACGAACUCGCUCGAUUCGUUGAGUCCGCGAGCCAUUUGAAAGCUGAGGACCCGUUGCAUGACUGACGCUGACUUCGAAGGGGCUCAAUAAUCGAUAUGGGUCAUCUCCUUGCGAGUCACUAAAAUCGCCGACGAUCCUUGGAAAAAGUGCAAAAGAUGCGGCGUCAACCAAUAACGAUGUAACAAUUAAAUGAAUUUAACAGAAAAUUACGAACCACUUUCGGAACACUUGGUUUGAUCAACGUUUUGCCGAUGAGGUACAAUAUCGUAUGAAACACGUAAGCCCUUAUUAUUGUACUGUGCUCGGACGGAAUCCUUUCAGCGAACUCUUGAUUUCAUGGAUGAAAGCUGCCAUGACUGUUCUUCAAGUUGUCUUCGUUAAAGAUCCAUCUAUCGGAUGAUUUUUAUGAAUCGCUUCUGAAAAAGGACUCUUUCGUUUCUACACAUGCAUACAGUACAGUCUCAGCGAAACUAACAGAGCCUAAACAGCAACACGUGAUUCUCCAUCGCGCGUCCAACGUGAACGUGCAACACGGUGUCCACAAAUUAACAUAACAACGAUGGAUGAAAUAGUAACGUGUCCUUACGAUCGAAGUCAUCGUGUUUCCAGCAGCAAGCUGUUACGUCAUCUUUUUCGAUGUAAACAAAGUAAUUCCUCAGAGAUGAAAAUUUGUUGUCCCUUCGAUGCCUUUCAUAUUAUUAACAAUGACGAUCUCAAGCAACACAUUGCAAACUGUGAAAGCAGUGGAAAUAUGGAAAGAUAUUUGUACAGUUUCGAAUCGCCGAAGCAGUUGGGCACAGUGCCCUUAAAAGCAGCUGCGAAGCUAACUGUGCCCAUAAUGAAAGAUUGGGAGGAGGAAGACGUACAAACAUACGAGCCUUGGAAGAAUACUGAAAAUAAAGAUAUAAUACGUUGCAAAUCAGGAGGUACUAGAUCGCAAAGAAGAGAUUUCAGAUUAGCUGAACGCACAAGACUGACUUCUCUCAAGAAAGAAAAUCUAUUCAAACGGAAUCAGACAACUUGUUUCGAACGUAACCCAUUGAAAAAAUAUCCCAGUGAUGUGGAACUGAUUAGAAAUCUGAGACGAAUGUCUCUGAUAGAUUUUGAGAGUUUAUUGAGUAGUGCUGACUUAAGUAACUUACAUAUUAGUAAGAAGAACAAGUUCAAAAAUCCAUUUUGCUGAAGGGAUAAUUAAAUCACACGACUAAACACUGUAGACUUCAUGUAUGUAUGACAAAAUUGAAUAAAUGCAAUUGCAAAUAGUAAAAAGAUUAAAA